GCCCAAACUCUGAUCUGAAACACCCGCUCAGAGACAUGAGCGAGUCCUGAUCGCGGUGAGCGUGGAGACCGGACACCGGAGAAUCACGGCGCGUCAGGACUGUCCCGUUCUCAAACCGGAGACCUGGUAGAGGACAACGGACACACCGAGACACCCACCGUAAGACAUGUCCCUGCUGUGUGUCGGGGUGAAGAAAGCCAAGCUCGAUGGACCCCAGGAGAAAUUUAAUGCGUAUGUGAGUCUGAAAGUACAAAAUGUUAAAAGCACGACGAUUGCGGUGCGGGGAAACCAGCCGAGUUGGGAGCAAGACUUCAUGUUUGAGAUAAACAGGCUCGAUCUUGGCUUGCAUGUGGAAGUCUGGAAUAAAGGUCUGAUAUGGGACACCAUGGUGGGCACCGUGUGGAUUCCCCUGCAAAGCAUCCGCCAGUCGAACGAGGAGGGUCCAGGCGAGUGGUUAACUCUGGACUCCCAGGUGAUCAUGGCAGAUAAUGAGAUCUGUGGUACAAAGGAUCCAACUUUCCACCGGGUGCUACUCGACACACGCUUCGAACUGCCACUGGAUAUCCCUGAGGAGGAGGCUCAGUACUGGGCUAAGAAACUGGAGCAGCUCAAUGCCAUGAGGGACCAGGAUUAUUCAUACCAGGAGGAGCAGGAGAGGCCUCUUCCUGUACCCGGGAGCCAGUGCUGUAACUGGAAUUUAUGGGGAGACCAACAGAAUGAAGACCCUGACAGCGCAGUGGAUGACCGGGACAGUGAUUAUCGCAGUGAGACGAGUAACAGCAUCCCUCCACAGUACUACACCACCUCACAGCCCAACGCCUCCGUUCACCAGUACCCCAUGGGUCAGCAGCACCGCACCAACCGAGCCAUGUACAACCACUCGCACCACGGCUGUGACAUCACUGACUACGACCACCAGAGAGCAAUCAGUCCUGCAGGAAGUUACGCUUCAUCGGCAGAGCUGAGCCACUGCAGCUCACAGCUAAGUGAAGAGGAGUACGGCGAGCGAGAGCUGUACGACGAAAACGACUCCUAUCACUCGUGUCACUCGUCUGUCUCCUACAGCAAGGGCUCUCCUGACUGGGAGCCAGAUGAGACACAAGGUGUCUACAGUGACGAAGGUGCCUACUGCAAAGAUGGCGGUGAAGAAGGUGCCCUCUAUGAGGGGGACGACGGAGACCUGUAUGCCGAAGACUUAUACAAAGGCGAAGAGGGAGACUACAGCUACAAUGACGAAGAUCGCUGCCCUGGGGAUGAUGUUCUUAGCGAGGACCAGGAACCUCCAUACACCCUGACUCCGACCAGCACUGCACCCAAAAUCCCUACAUCAUCCAAUUCCAGGCCUCCGUUGGAGAAACAGGCAUCUGUGCACCAGCAACCACCAGCACAGCAGACCCCACAGGGCCAGAAUGCCAAUCAGAUAUCCAACCAGGCUCCUAAACAACAACCAAACCAGGCUUCUACUCAACCACAACCACCUAGUCAGGUUCCACCCAAACCCAACCAAACCCAGCAGUCAGCACGGCCACCUCUUCAACAACAACAAUCUACUGGCCCUCUUCCAUCCGUCCAGUCAUUCUUUGCCAUGGCUAAACCUCUAACUGCUGUGUUUGGCCUGGGUGGAUCUUCUUCUACACCUCCGCAGCCUCCUGCACCUGCACCUCAACCACAGCGACCCCAACCCCAAUCCCAACCCGCAGCCCCUCAUUCCCAACCUACUACGGUCCAACCGGCUGUUCCCGGAACCCAGCAAACAAGUCCAACCCAACCAAAACCAGCAGAAUCCCCAACCCAGGCUCUUACAAUCAACUCUCAGCUCUCAGUAGGUUCAGUCAAGCCACCUACACCAACAGAAGAGACACAGGUGAUAGAGGAACCAGCAGUGGAGGAGCAGCCUGCUCCGAAAGACGAGGAGCUUUCUGUAAAAGGAUCUCCACUGGAGGAGAUGGAGAAAGAGAUUACUCCUACAUCUCCACCACCAGAGCAGAAGGAAGCAGAGUUAGAGCAAGAGAGAACACCAGAGGUGGAAGAGGUUAAGGAACCUGUGGACCCAGCAGUACGGGCUAAAGAGAACUGGCUACGGAUCUUCAACAAGGUUCGACAACAAAUACAAGAGGAACGAGGAGAGACAGAUUCCCAGUCUCUGUGGUUUGGAAAGGGAGGGAUGGGAGGAGCUCUGUACAGUAUAGACAGCAUGCCUGACCUACGCAAAAGAAAAGCCAUCCCAUUGGUUAGAGACCUGUCUUUGGUGCAGAACUCACGUAAAGCUGGAAUCACGUCUGCUAUGGCAAGUAGCACACUAAACAAUGAGGAACUGAAGAGUCACGUGUAUAAGAAGACCCUACAGGCUUUGAUCUACCCCAUAUCCUGCACCACCCCUCAUAACUUUGAGGUUUGGACUGCCACCACACCCACAUACUGCUAUGAAUGCGAGGGGCUGCUGUGGGGCAUCGCUCGGCAAGGCAUGCGCUGCUCUGAGUGCGGGGUCAAAUGCCACGAAAAGUGCCAGGACCUGCUGAACGCUGACUGCCUACAAAGAGCUGCUGAGAAGAGCUCAAAGCACGGUGCAGAGGACCGAACUCAGAACAUUAUUAUGGUCCUUAAGGACCGCAUGAAGAUCCGCGAGCGCAACAAGCCAGAAAUCUUUGAGCAGAUCCAGGAGGUGUUCGCUGUGGUCAAAGCGACCCACGCAACCCAUAUGAAGCAGAUCAAACAGAGUGUGCUCGAUGGGACGUCCAAGUGGUCGGCCAAGAUCAGCAUUACAGUUUGCUGCGCCCAGGGCCUACAGGCAAAGGAUAAGACGGGUUCCAGCGACCCCUACGUCACUGUCCAGGUGGGCAAGACCAAGAAAAGGACCAAGACCAUCUAUGGCAACCUUAACCCAGUCUGGGACGAGAGUUUUCACUUCGAGUGCCACAACUCCUCAGACCGUAUAAAAGUGCGUGUAUGGGAUGAGGACGAUGACAUCAAAUCCCGAGUGAAGCAGAGGUUCAAACGAGAGUCUGAUGAUUUCCUGGGCCAGACCAUCAUCGAGGUCCGAACUCUGAGUGGAGAAAUGGACGUGUGGUAUAACCUGGACAAGCGUACAGAUAAAUCAGCCGUGUCUGGAGCCAUACGCAUGCACAUCAGCGUAGAAAUUAAAGGAGAGGAGACGGUGGCGCCAUACCAUGUCCAGUACACCUGCUUACAUGAGCACCUUUUCCACUACACCACUGAGGAGCAGAACAGCGGCGUGGUUAAGAUCCCAGACGCCAAAGGAGACGACGCCUGGAAAGUGUACUUCGAGGAGACGGCACAGGAAAUUGUGGACGAGUUUGCUAUGAGAUACGGAGUGGAGUCCAUCUACCAGGCCAUGACGCAUUUUGCAUGCUUGUCGUCUAAGUACAUGUGCCCAGGUGUGCCAGCUGUGAUGAGCACCCUCUUGGCGAACAUCAAUGCCUACUACGCCCACACCACGCAGUCCUCGAACAACGUUUCCGCCUCGGACCGCUUCGCCGCCUCCAACUUUGGGAAAGAGAGAUUUGUGAAGCUACUUGAUCAGCUCCACAACUCUUUGAGGAUCGACCUUUCCAUGUACAGGAAUAAUUUCCCUGCCAGUAGUCCUGAGAGGCUGCAGGAUCUGAAGUCGACCGUGGAUCUUCUCACUAGUAUCACUUUCUUCAGAAUGAAGGUCCAGGAGUUGCAGAGUCCACCGAGAGCGAGUCAGGUGGUCAAGGACUGUGUGAAAGCCUGCCUGAACUCCACAUACGAGUACAUUUUUAACAACUGCCAUGAACUGUACAAUCGAGAGUACCAGACAGAUGCGUCUAAGAGCGUCCUUCCAGAUGAGCAGGGUCCCAGUGUUAAGAACCUUGACUUUUGGUCCAAAUUUAUUACCCUUAUCGUCUCCAUUAUAGAGGAGGACAAGAACUCAUACACUCCAUGCCUUAACCAGUUUCCUCAGGAGCUGAACGUAGGAAAGAUCAGCGCUGAGGUCAUGUGGAACAUGUUUGCUCAGGAUAUGAGAUACGCCAUGGAAGAACAUGAGAAGCACCGGCUGUGUAAGAGUGCAGAUUACAUGAACCUUCACUUCAAAGUCAAGUGGCUCUACAAUGAAUACUGCAAAGAGCUUCCGUGCUUUAAAGAGCGUGUGCCCGAGUACCCUGCGUGGUUUGAACCAUUUGUGAUCCUCUGGUUGGAUGAAAAUGAAGAAGUAUCAAAGGACUUCCUAAAUGGUGCCCUGGCGAGAGAUGCAAAGGAUGGGUUUCAGCAGACGUCGGAGCAUGCUCUGUUUUCCUGCUCGGUGGUGGACGUUUUCUCUCAGCUGAAUCAGAGCUUCGAGAUCAUCCGCAAGCUGGAGUGUCCUGACCCUCAGAUCGUUGGCAACUAUAUGAAGAGAUUUGCCAAGACCAUUGGGACUGUACUGCUUUCUUACGCUGAUAUAAUUGCCAAGGAUUUCCCCUCCCACUGUAAUAAGGAGAAAGUGCCUUGCAUAAUUAUUAACAACAUCCAGCAGCUAAGAGUGCAGUUGGAGAAGAUGUUCGAGGCCAUGGGAGGUAAAGAUCUAAACGUAGAGGCCAGUGACUUCCUAAAGGAGCUUCAAGUUAAACUCAACAACGUAAUGGAUGACCUCAGCAGGAUCUUCGCCGUCAGUUUCCAGCCUCAGAUUGUGGAGAACUUGAAGCAGAUGGGUGACAUCCUGAGCCAGGUGAAAGGUGCCAACGUUCCUGCCAACGGCAACGGCAGCCUCACACAGGACGCCGACAAUGUGCUGCAACCCAUCAUGGACUUCCUAGACAGCAAUCUGUCGUUAUUUGCUAAGAUUUGUGAGAAGACAGUGCUGAAGAGGGUUCUAAAAGAACUUUGGAAACUGGUGAUGAACACCAUGGAGAAAACCAUUGUUCUUCCACCGCUUACUGACCAAACGGGCACACAGCUCAUCUUUAAUGCUGCUAAAGAGUUGGGCCAGCUCUCCAAACUAAAGGAGCACAUGGUGAGAGAGGAGGCGAAAGCACUAACACCCAAACAGUGUGCGGUAAUAGAGCUGGCACUGGAUACCAUAAAGCAAUACUUUCACGCUGGUGGAGUGGGUCUAAAAAAGACGUUUUUGGAGAAGAGCCCGGACCUGCAGUCUCUGCGCUACGCUCUGUCACUGUACACACAGGCCACGGACAAGCUCAUCAGGAAAUUCAUCCAGACACAGCACAGUCAGGCUUCUGGUGUGGAUGAUGCAGUGGGAGAGGUGUGCAUGACUGUGGAGAUCCUCAGCGACCCCAACUCUAGUGGACACAAAGUCAACAUUAAAGUGGUUUCAGCUAACGACCUGCGCUGGCAGACCCAGGGAAUUUUCCGGCCCUUCAUUGAGGUCUACAUUAUUGGGCCUCACCUCAGUGACAAGAAGAGGAAAUUUGCCACCAAGUCCAAGAACAAUAGCUGGUCCCCCAAAUUCCUCGAGUCCUACCAAUAUGUCUUGGGUAGCGAGUUGGGACCCGAGGGCUACGAGCUGCACGUGUGUGUGAAGGACUACUGCUUUGCACGGGAGGACCGGACAGUGGGCAUUGCUUUACUGCAGCUCAAUGACAUAGCGUCACGGGGCGGCGGUGCUUUCUGGCUGCCUCUGAGUAAGCGUGUACACAUGGACGAGACAGGCCUGACCGUACUGCGCAUCCUCUCUCAGCGCAACAACGACGACGUGGCCAAAGAGUUCGUCAAACUGAAGUCGGACCAGCGCUCGGCCGAGGAGGGCCGUGGAAGCUAGGAGCCCGUGUUCACAACGUCCACCUGCACAUAGUACACACAGUCAGUCCAGUAAACACAGACUUGUAUAAAGGAAUACUGUUGUGCCACUCGGUGACAUCGGUAGUGGCAUAACAAAAAUAAGCACUAAAGCAAUCAAACCUGAUUCAAGCAAAUAAUGAUGUCAGAGGUGCCACUCUUUCAUCUUUGCCUUUUUUUGUAAAGAUCCAGC